AUGGCGCUUCCGGUGGUACAUCUCUUACUCCUCCCUCUCCUGGCCAUCGUUCCACUCGUCUUCCUCAGCCGCGCUGUGUCGCGCCGGCGAGGCGGCGCCGGCGGCAGUGCCCGGCUGCCUCCGUCGCCGUGGGCGCUCCCGGUGAUCGGCCACCUGCACCACCUCGCGGGCGCGCUCCCGCACCGCGCCAUGCGCGACCUCGCCGCGCGCCACGGGCCGCUCAUGCUGCUCCGCCUCGGCGAGGUCCGCGUCGUCGUCGCCUCCUCCGCCGACGCGGCGCGCGAGGUGAUGAGGACGCGCGACCUCGACUUCGCGACGCGCUCGAUGAGCCGGACGGUCCGGCUAGCCUUUCCCAGGGGCACCGAGGGCAUCAUCUUCGCCCCCUACGGCCACGGCUGGCGGCAGAUCCGCAAGCUGUGCACCGUCGAACUGCUCAGCGCCCGCCGCGUCCAGUCCUUCAGGUCGGUCCGCGAGGAGGAGGCCGCCCGCCUCCUCCGCGCCGUGGCGGCGGCGGCGGCGCCGCCGACGCCGGCGCGGGCGGUGAACCUGAGCGAGCUGAUAACGGUGUACGCCGCCGACUCGGCGGUCCGCACCAUCAUAGGGAGCUCGUUCAAGGACAGGGAUGCGUUCCUGAAGUUGCUGGAGCGCAUGGUGAAGAUGGUCGCCAAGAUGAGCUUGCCGGACCUCUACCCGUCGUCUCGCCUCGCCAUGCUUGUCAGCCGAAUGCCGGGCCAGAUGAAGCGUCAGCGGCAGGAACUGGUCUCGUUCAUCGACAACAUCGUCCGGGAGCACGAGGAGAACAAAGCCGCUGGCAACGACGGCGACAAGGAAGACUUGCUCGACGUGCUCCUGAGGAUUCAGAGGGAGGGUGAUCUCCAGGUCCCCAUCACGACUGACAACAUCAAAUCAGUGGUCGGAGACAUGCUCGGCACGGGCAGCGAUACGGUCGCGACAGUCCUUCAAUGGAUCAUGGCUGAGCUUAUGAGGAAUCCGAGAGUGAUGCAAAAGGUACAAGAUGAGGUCCGGUGUAUACUCGCCGGGCGCCACCAAGUAACCGAGGACAACCUACGCAAUCUGCACUAUAUGAACCUAGUCAUCAAGGAGACCCUUCGGCUACAUCCACCGGCACCCCUACUAUUUCCACGCGAUUGUAGGAGUUCAUGCCAAGUAUUAGGGUUCAGUGUGCCGAAAGACGCCAUGGUUCUCGUGAACGCGUGGGCUAUUAGUAGAGACCCCAAAUACUGGGACAUGCCCGAGGAAUUCGUUCCGGAGAGAUUUGAAGAUUCCAAGAUUGAUUUUAAGGGAACGGAUUUUGAGUACACGCCGUUUGGGGCAGGGCGUCGGAUGUGCCCGGGCAUAGCGUUCGCGUUUGUGAACAUGGAGCUCAUACUGGCUAGCCUCUUAUACCAUUUUGAUUGGGAGCUGCCGUGUGGAAUGGAGGCAGCAGAUCUGGAUAUGACGGAGGAAUUGGGAGUCACGGUUCGACGGCUCCAGGACCUCCAGCUUGUUCCUGUUGUCCGGGCACCCUUACCAGUGGAGUAG